CUUUGGAUCAAUAAUGAGGACUCGAUUUCGAAGUUGAUUGCCAGAAUCGUCUGCUUUUUCUCUCCGUUUCCACGUGUGGGAGAAAAAAAAUCAAAGUUAAAUCAUGCCAAAGGUCAAGACAAAGUUUGGUCAAGAGAAUAAACUAAUCCAUCCAAAAAGUAGGAAAGCUGAUCAAAUAUCGCGGGAAUGGCACCGUGAAGUCCGUGUCAAACACAAAAAGAAAGAAACUGCUUACAAGAUGACAGCUUUGGGAGAGAAAAUUGCUUGGUUUCGUGAUCAGCUGGAACCAGAAGUGACUGUGUACUCGACAGAACAAACAGCAGACCUAGUUGAACAGUACCUGGGCCGAUUUGAUGAAGAACUUGAACAAAUCAAGUUGAAAAACCAGAUUGGCCAGAGGAGUUCAAGACAACACGCAAGCAGAGAGGAUGCCAUUGAACAUUCACAAAAAUUGGAAAAAGACGAGUAUGAAGGAUGUGGACUGGAAAUCCCUGAUCUUUCCAAUCCAAAAAAUUUGGAGUAUUUACUGUCUUGGACUGGUGUUCUACGCUUCAUUCCAAACAUUACACUCAAAAGGUUCAGAAAACCACAGGAUAAGGGUGUUAAUGCCCCAUCAGACAGUCCUUCUAUAGCUGAAGAGGAUGUGGAAAGAAGUGAUGAGAAAACUAUGGAAGUUGCUUGAUUUUAAUACAAAGCGUAAUGUCAGU